AUGCCCCUCCGAGUCGUCAUCGCCCCCCAGGCCUUCAAGCAGAGUAUCGGCGCUCGCGAUGCUGCCCUCGCCAUCCAGAGGGGUGUGUUGCGCGCCAUCCCCGACGCCGAAACCACGCUGAUUCCGGUCGCCGACGGCGGCGACGGCACACUGGCUGCGCUCAUCGAAACCACCGGCGGUCGUUUCUUCGACGCCCCAGUUACCGGCCCGUUGGGAGAACACCGCACCGCGCAGUGGGGCGUCAUGGGCGACGGGCGCACCGCCGUCAUCGAGAUGGCCCUGGCCUCCGGUUUGGCCCUCGUGCCCGACGACCGCCGCAAUCCCCGCACCACCACUACCUUCGGCACUGGUGAGCUAAUGCGCGCCGCGCUGGACGGCGGCUUCAAUCGCAUCAUCGUCGGUCUGGGCGGCAGCGCUACCAACGACGGUGGCACCGGCAUGGCAGCGGCUCUGGGCGCGCGUUUCCUGGACGCCAGCGGCGCCGAGUUGCCCACCCGGCGGCGCGGCGCUAUCCGGUCUGAUUCGCAUCGACACCACCGGCCUGCAUCCCGGUCUGGUUGA